AGUUUUUCAAGUUGAGGUAACUGGUUAGAUCGCAAACAAUGAACUUGUUAAAACGCCGAAAGACACGCAUUUAACGUUCAUAUGCUAGGUGUCAUGCCGAUUUGUGUGGUCUCAGACCCUAGGACACAGCCUCCCGCUCACCUCCAGAGGCUUCCCAUACCCCACCUGAGCCUCUCCUCUGCUGCCCCACACAUGUCUGUGAAGGCGAAAGUACGUAAGAAAUUCCCAUUGGUGUGUCCAGAAGGUGACUGCGACUACAUUCUGAAGACUGUGAUUCAAGAGUAUGAGGAUCAACAGAACCCGCCUUCGGGAUUCACGUCAAUCAACACCAUCCUGUUCGGACCUUUGGCCAAAGACUUCUCGGAGACGGUUGCUGAAGGGGACCUGCUGGUGUUGGCCGGGUUUGCCGUGGGCCGGUCUCCCACCGUUAAAAAAGACGGACUACACCCCUGCAACCUACAGCUGGCUGGCGGGGACGUCCACGUUUAUGUUUACCCUGCCUCUACCCUGGGUCCCAGUCCAAACAAAGUCUCGUCCAGGACCCCAGCGGUGAACACAGAGGCUGCGAAGGCGAAAUACGCAUACGUGGCGCUGAAGGACUUGAAAGCGGGAACGAUUGUCAACGUCUACGGUGUGGUGACGUUCUUCAAGCAGCCGUUUCGCACCAAGGGAACCGACUACUGUUCCACGCUGAAGAUAACCGACGAAUCGGAUGUUAAGCUGGGCUGUUCAAUAUUCAGUGAGAAGCUGGAAGACCACCCCCAGAUCUACAAGACGGGCGACAUCGUCCGUCUCCACAGGGUCAAGAUGCAGCUAUUCAACGGCGCGGUCAACGGCAUGAGCACCCUGGGCUUCUCCGCCCUGACCUUCGACGGCACCGCGGGGAGCCCCGUCACCCCCCGGACGUCCAGCCGCUCCUUCCACUUCGGCGACGAGGACCGGCAGGCGGUGGAGAGGCUGCGGGCGUGGGCCGCGGGGCAGGCGGACCUCCCGGCGACGUCCGCCGUCGUCCUGUCCGCUGUCCAGCCCAGGACGUACUUCGACCUGACCUGCCAGCUCCUGGCUAAAGCCCAGAUGGACGCCUGCUGCACUCUGCUGAAGGUUUGGGAUGGUACCAUGUGCGCUGACCCAUUGCUGAACGUGUCCGUGGAGCAGGAUGCCCUGGAGGGAAGCUUAGCCCCCACCAGGGGGAGGCACAACCUGGUGGCCAACGUGCUCGUUUACGAAAACCACGUGGAGAUGGCUCGGGAGUUAAAGCCCGGCUCGUACCUGUGCAUCUACAACCUUCACGCUGUGGCACAGAGUGCCGAGACUCCCCCGGGGGGUGGCGGAGCGGGCGGGGCCGGCCACCUCUCCUUUCAGCUGCACAGGGGCACGGCGUUCGGCCGGGGGAUCCGGGUCUUGCCCGACGACAGUCCCGACCUGCAGGAGCUCAAGAGCCGUCUGGAGUCCCUGGAGAACGAUCCCAGUGAUUCCUCUUUAAUUGAGUGGUCCACCCCCCCAGAGUCUCUGGAUAUGGAUCCCGAGAACAGUCUAACAGUGCGGACAUGUGACCACACGCAGGAGCGUGUGACACUUGCGUGUGUGAAGAGCAGCACGCCUCCUCGGGUGUCCCAUGUGCGUGUGCGGCUUCGGUCCUACCAGCCCGAGAGCCUCCACCAGGCCCUGAAGCUCCACUGCCCCAACUGCAAAGUGCUACUGGAUGUCCCGGAUGAGGAGGCCAUAGCGAGCCGGUUUCGGGAGGCUUUGAGUGAAGCAGGGUGCUGCAGUGAGCCUUGGGCCUUCACGGGGCACCUGGACUCCUGCGAGCCGGGACGACAGAUCAGCCUGCACCUGUGCCGGAGCGUGGAGAAGGGGACCAGUGAGCUGGUCUUUGUGGAGGGGGCCACAUUCGAGGAGAUGUGUCGGAUGUCAGGCGUGCAGAGAAGCAUGGUGCCUGUGAGGUCAUCAGAAGGAAGAAUGACAUUGCUGGACCUCUCCGCCCCCUUCCUAUUCCGAGGCCCAAAGCGAUACUAUGGGUGCACACAGUGCUCACAGGUGAAACACGUGGAGCUGGACACACAGGCAGAGAUGGAGGCGAACGAGGGGACAAUCGCGGAGGUGCUGGGUGUGCAGCCCUUGCAGUAUGUGUUCUUGGUGAAGAUGGCUCUGGAGGAUGACACUGACUGCCUGGAUGCUCUGCUGUGGAAUGACGCUGAGAGCUUCUUUUGCGUUUCCGCCAGCGACGCCGAAGCCAGUCAGGAGCAGCAGGAUUGCAUUCAGCAGACAUUGGACAAAUUAUGCCCACCAGGGGGCUCUCUGGAAUCAGCGGACAGAGAUGGUUGCCUGUCUCCCUCUACCCCAGAAGACCAUCCCUGGCUGGACCUGUGUCUGAGGUCAUACACUGUUGAGGAGAGUGGUCAACACAUGGUCUGUCACCAGAUACUCAACACAGCAGUUAGAAGGACUGACGUCUGACCGCGGUCGCUGGACAUAAAUAUCCUACUGUUACCCGUCAGGUUCUUACCUGACCUUUACCCUCUCUCUCCUGUGAGAGAAUUCCGUACAGGCUGUGAAUAUGAAGUUGCGAGUACUUGUUAGACCAGCAGUUUGACUUUAAUUUAUACUGUUCCAGGCCUUCUAAAUAAACAGAUAUACUGAUUCAUAUCAACUGUUUGUGCAAGUGAGGUAUAAUUCAUCGAAGUGACAAUAAAGUGUUUUUUCCCAGGGUUAUUAAUAUCUUGCUUUGGAAUGGCCAAUCUCAUUUUUAGUGAAAAUGUCUCUCGUCAAUUUGACAGCCUCUGCCAGUUUGGUAGUUGAACUGUGAUAUGUAUUUGUCUUUUAUAUAAAUAAUCCAUGAUUAAAUAAAUUCGAUAAAUUAAAGUUAAAA